AUGGACGAUAGAAAAAAAAUCGGUAUCGGGUUGACGAGCUUUGGAUGCGGAUUCACCGCGCUCGGGGUGGUGUUUUUCUUCGACCGAGGGUUGUUAGCGAUGGGGAAUCUGAUGUUCCUGUCGGGGGUCACGCUCACGAUCGGGCCGAAGCAGACGGUGAAGUUUUUCGUGAGGCCGAGGAACCAACGCGGGGCGUUUUGUUUUCUCUUCGGGCUGGCGUUGGUGCUGUACGGGUGGCCGUUUAUCGGGUUAUUGGUGGAAGGGUACGGGUUUGUGGCGCUGUUUAGUGCGUUCUUCCCGACGGUUUUGAUAUUUUUAAAGAGGGUUCCGGUGUUGGGGUCGUUUCUGUCGCUUCCGGGCGUGAAACACGUGACGACGAGCAUCAUAGGAAAAUCGCAAACGCUGCCGGUGUGA